CGCUUUCUCCUACGCCAGACUCCCGAGCCCCGCCUCCCCAUCUCAGUUCAAAAUGGCGGCGGCUGCGGAAGACACGGGGUCUGAUUGAGAAGGCGUCUGGGGUCCCCCCUGUGCUGUCCCCAGUAGGUUUAGGGGCCUGGGGGCAGCGGCGUAGGGCUGGUAGCGAGAUUAAGCCCUUUACUUCUUGUCCUGCCUUCAGUGGACAUGGAGACCAGUUGAGCAUAAUCCUCUCAAUAACAACACUUACCAUAUUUGAAGACUAUUUUUAGUUGUUUUGGUAAGCAGACAUUUGGACAGCAAAAUGACCUCCAUUAUCAAGUUGACUACGCUCUCAGGGGUGCAGGAGGAAUCUGCUCUCUGCUAUCUGCUGCAGGUAGACGAGUUUCGUUUUUUAUUGGACUGUGGCUGGGAUGAGAAUUUUUCAAUGGAUAUCAUUGAUUCUCUAAGGAAAUAUGUACACCAGGUUGAUGCAGUGCUACUUUCUCACCCUGAUCCUCUACAUCUUGGUGCUCUCCCCUAUGCAGUUGGAAAAAUGGGUUUAAAUUGUGCUAUUUAUGCAACCAUUCCUGUAUAUAAAAUGGGACAAAUGUUUAUGUAUGAUCUGUAUCAGUCUCGCCACAAUACAGAAGAUUUCACUCUCUUUACAUUGGAUGAUGUAGAUGCAGCUUUUGAUAAAAUACAGCAGCUCAAGUUCUCUCAGAUUGUGAACUUGAAAGGGAAAGGACAUGGUCUUUCUAUUACACCACUGCCGGCUGGUCACAUGAUAGGAGGCACAAUUUGGAAGAUUGUCAAAGAUGGAGAAGAAGAAAUUGUUUAUGCUGUUGACUUCAACCACAAGAGGGAAAUCCAUUUAAAUGGAUGUUCUCUGGAAAUGUUGAGCAGGCCUUCGCUGCUUAUCACAGAUUCCUUUAAUGCUACGUAUGUACAACCCAGACGGAAGCAAAGAGAUGAACAACUGUUAACCAAUGUCUUGGAGACGUUGCGAGGUGAUGGAAAUGUGUUAAUAGCCGUGGAUACAGCAGGCCGAGUUCUGGAACUUGCCCAACUUCUUGAUCAGAUUUGGAGAACAAAAGAUGCAGGAUUAGGAGUCUACUCUUUAGCACUUUUAAAUAAUGUCAGCUACAAUGUAGUGGAGUUUUCUAAAUCACAGGUUGAAUGGAUGAGUGACAAACUGAUGAGGUGUUUUGAAGACAAGAGGAACAAUCCAUUUCAAUUCCGCCAUCUCUCAUUAUGUCAUGGUCUUUCUGACUUGGCUCGAGUACCUAGCCCAAAAGUCGUGCUUGCCAGCCAGCCUGAUUUGGAAUGUGGGUUUUCAAGAGAUCUCUUUAUACAGUGGUGUCAGGAUUCCAAAAACUCUGUAAUUUUAACUUAUAGGACCACACCUGGGACGCUAGCACGAUUUCUUAUAGAUAACCCUUCUGAAAAGGUUAUAGAUAUAGAGUUGAGGAAACGUGUCAAACUUGAAGGGAAGGAACUUGAGGAGUACCUAGAAAAGGAGAAACUAAAGAAAGAAGCAGCUAAAAAGUUAGAACAGUCCAAAGAGGUAGAUAUUGAUUCCAGUGAUGAGAGUGAUGUUGAAGAGGAUAUUGAUCAGCCAUCAGUGCAUAAAACUAAACAUGACUUGAUGAUGAAAGGUGAAGGAAGCCGAAAAGGAAGCUUCUUCAAACAGGCCAAGAAGUCUUAUCCGAUGUUUCCAGCCCCAGAAGAAAGAAUUAAAUGGGAUGAAUAUGGGGAGAUUAUCAAGCCUGAGGAUUUCCUAGUUCCAGAGCUUCAAGCAACUGAAGAAGAAAAGAGUAAAUUAGAAUCUGGUCUGACAAAUGGAGAUGAGCCUAUGGACCAAGAUUUAUCAGAUGUUCCUACCAAAUGUAUUUCAGCGACAGAAUCAAUGGAAAUAAAAGCCAGAGUUACAUACAUAGACUAUGAAGGACGCUCAGAUGGUGACUCCAUUAAAAAAAUAAUUAAUCAGAUGAAGCCACGACAGUUGAUCAUUGUCCAUGGCCCACCUGAGGCUAGCCAGGAUCUUUCAGAAUCUUGCAGAGCUUUUGGUGGGAAAGAUAUUAAAGUUUAUAUGCCUAAACUGCAUGAAACUGUAGAUGCAACCAGUGAGACUCACAUCUAUCAGGUCAGGUUAAAAGAUUCUCUGGUCAGCUCCCUUCAGUUCUGUAAAGCGAAAGAUGCAGAACUAGCUUGGAUAGAUGGUGUCCUGGACAUGCGGGUUUCAAAAGUGGACACAGGAGUCAUUCUGGAAGAAGGAGAGCUGAGAGAAGAUGGAGAAGACUUGGAAAUGCAAGUGGAUAUGCCUUCUUCUGACUCCAGUGUUAUUGCACAGCAAAAGGCUAUGAAGAGUUUGUUUGAUGAUGAUGAUAAGGAAGUAUGUGAGGAGAGUGAGAUCAUUCCUACUCUAGAACCACUGCCACCACAUGAGGUUAUUGGACAUCAAUCUGUUUUCAUGAAUGAGCCAAGACUGUCUGAUUUUAAACAAGUUCUUCUGCGAGAAGGAAUUCAAGCUGAAUUUGUAGGAGGAGUGCUUGUAUGCAACAACCUAGUGGCUGUUCGUAGGACUGAAACAGGGCGCAUUGGAUUGGAAGGCUGUCUUUGCCAGGACUUCUAUAGAAUAAGAGAUCUUUUAUACGAGCAAUAUGCCAUUGUCUAAAGGAGAUGCUGUGAAGAUGAUGUCUUUACUUAAACUUCAAAAGAUAGCGGAGAUUUCUACCUUUUUAUUUUUGUGGGUAUCUUUUUGUAGUUUUCUAAUUUCUACAGAGAAUACUGAUUCUUCAGAAAAGUUAGACAUCAAAAUUCAGUAAACUAACCUAAACAGGUAAAUAAUUGCUACCACAGUUCUAUGUAAGACAUCUCUUGGUACAUUCCGCAUUGUUGGCUUUCAGACUGUUAAGGAAUAUUGUUGCAAAUACCAUUGGUAUGCUGUAAUUGAGAUUGACAGUUUCUUUUAUGAACUUUCUUCCAAGAAGGAUUUAACUGGUCAUAAACAUGCUUUUUCACAUGACAUGGCAUUCCAAGUCUCUGCCUAAGAAUGCAAAUAUAUAAAAAGAAUCAUUUUUCCUAUUUUAAAAAUGUAAGGGUUGUCUUUGCUUUUUGUGGGGGGGUUCUUCUACUGAACAGUAGAAGUUUCAGUAAAAAGUUUCUAGGCCAUUGAAAAUUGGCCAAGUGCUUAAUGGUGACUUUCCUGCAAUGGUUAAUAUGCACCCUUGUUAAUACUGUAACUGCUUUGUGCUACUGAUUGAUACAGUACAUCAUAAGAUAUUGUGAAAUAAAAUUUCAGUUUCCUGGGUCAAAAAGCCAGCUUUAAAAUGUUAUAAGGUACUUUAAUACAGAAUGACUGGAAAAACAAAAGUUGUCUGACAGAUCUGCUAAUCACAUGUUUUUGCAUUUUCUCGCUACUGUAUAUGUAUAUAUGUAUAACUUCUAGUUGUUGCAAUCUGUUAUGCCGGCUAUAUCUGUCUUUUGAGAAUUUUGAUUUUAAUACUUUGAAGAAAAAAAAAAACCACCUGCAUUCUCUUACUUAUAAUAAGCAGUGCACAGUGAGCUAAGUUCAGGAAGGUAUUCUGUCCUUAAGUCUGAAUUCUUCACUUUGUGGAUUUAUCCCCUUGGUAUCAGGUUUCAUACUACUUGUUUUUCCUAUUGCUGGCAGUGGGAUUACAGCCACUGGUACCAAAAUUUGUUAUAUUUUUAGUUGAAUAUGAAUAGUCUUGGGUCACUUAACUUCUUACAUUUCUGAAUUGAAAACAAUGAUGGAACACAUGCAGAGCAGUGGUCUAUAAUGAGAAAUUACUUUUUUAUUCUUGACCUUUGGUUUUAACCAGUGUCUGAAAUUAUUCUUUGUUUAUUACAACAACGGUGGCUUAAACUUGAGUUCUGCUUUCAUUUGUUUAUUUAAAAAAAGGCAAACAAAACUUUUAAUGAAAUAUGGGCAAAAACCAGCUUUAUGGGCGGCUGCUGAAGUGAAGAUUAGUUUGUUGUUCAUUCUUGACUAUUAGGCAUUGUAUAGCUAUUCUUCAAGUUGCCUGUUUAUACUGUUUAAAAGUUAAAAGUUGGAAUAGGAGCUUAAAAGAAAACUGGGAUAAGCAUUCAAAAACUUCUGAUACUAGAUAUAAAAAUGUGUAAUGCAUUCUAAAAUAUGAUCGAGAGGCAAUGUAUGUAUUUUGAUACACACAAAUUCCUGGCUUGAAAUAAUGAGAGAUCUGCAGUAUUUGGGGGCUGAAUCUCAGUUUCUUCAUUCUCUUCUCCUUGCCUACCACCACUUCAUAGAAUUUGGAGGAAAUGCCAUGAAGGAAUUUUAAGUAAGUUGGGUUUUUUUAUGGGAAAGAAAUGUAGGACCACGCCUUUUAAUAUAGAAAUGUAAUGAAGAUUUCUCUAAUCAUCAGUCCCCAUAAUCUAAGUUGAGGUUUACCUUGAAGCUAAUUUACUUUCACGUGUGUGAAAGGCUAAUUUUUAUUCAUUCUGCUUUACUUCAACCCAAAUACACACUACCAAAGUUGAAAAUCUACUCCCCCCCCCCGCUCCCUUGAGCAAUAUUGAGAAUUGUUUAAGGCAAAAGAUUCAGGGAAGCCUUUGCAAAUAAGUUUUAACAGAGGGAAGGAGAAUAUGCCUAGUAUUAAACUGGAAUGGAAAGGUUCUUAUGAGAACACUUGAGAGCAAUCGUUUGGUAAAACUAUGCUGGAAAAUUGGGGUGUCUGGUACCCCUGAUCUAAUUGUAAUUGUAGUCAGACACUUCUUCAUUUGAUAUAAACAAGCAAAGAGACAACCCCUUUGGGUCCCAUCUGUGAUAAAAGUUCCACCAUAAAACUCAUUGCUACUAUGCUGAAUCAAAAUCACUCUGUAGCAUGGCUCAAAAAAGUGUGUGAAUUUUCCAAUUGGAAAAGGAAGCAUUUUGCCUUUGGAGAACAUUUUAAGGUCAGGCAUAAGAUUCUUUUUUUUUUUUUUUUUAAAGGCUUUCAGUAAGAUUUCAAGAUAGAAGCAGCUAGAAUUUCGUAUAGUACUUUACACUCCAUGGUUGUUACUGGUAUUUCAUUUUUUUAAAUUUGUUAAAUUAAUUGAAAGCCUUUAUGCAUACAAAUCUGUUAAAGACAUCUGUCCAGUCAGGAGGAUGAAAUCAGUUUUGUUUUGUUUUGUAAUUCAUACGAAGCACCACAAUGUAUGUUUUUUUCCCACCCUUUAAAAAUAAUGAUUGUUGGAGUGGGGUUGGUUUUUCUUUUUAAUUGGAUGGUGAUUUGAGGUAUAGGGCUCAAUCCCCAAAUCAUCUGUGUCAGGGAUUACUAUUUAAUGGAAGUUCCAAGUGCGCUGUGCACACAGUAAAUGACAUUACUCAUCAAAAUAUUUUAAAAUGUUUAGAAUUUUGUAAACUAUCAAUGUAAGGUAAGUUUUAAAUAUGGAGGUCUAAAGACCUUUUCCUGUGUUACAGAGAAACUUUCUGGGUGAAAAGACAUCUGAGUUUAAAAAUAAACAUUUUUGGUUCAAAAACAAA